CAGCUGACCUUUGCGCCGUCUCUGAGUCGUUCCCCGCGUCGUUUCUCCUCUGAACCCUCCCACCGCCUGAUGCGCACAGCAUUAUUUGCAUAUAGAACAACUCAGCGCCUCCCUCGCAAGUUAUUCCUUUUCUGUGGCAGGAUUCCUCAAACCGGAUUGUUCUCGUUAGUCUGCCCAAGCCAGGAGGAGGAGGAGGACGGGGACGGUCCAUUUCGUGCUCCGCUCACUGAAAAAACUUCCUGAAACUACAGGACAACUCAUCUGCGUCACUGUCUCGCGCAAACUUCCAGCUCUCCCGCUGUUGUUUUUCCGCUCUCUCUCUCUCGGGUUCGCGGAGUGUCUGAUCUGAUCCGCGCGUGCGAUCAAUCAAGAUGUCUCUCCAGAGCCAGAAGACGACGACCACGACCUACCGGACGGUGAACGUGGCCUCCCCGGAGCCGGUGGCGGGCACGGUGAUCAACGCCUCGUCCGUGGCGCAGCUGCCGUUCGCGAUGAACGGCUAUGAGACGCUGCGCUACCUGGUGCCGGUGCAGCAGGCCAUGCCCCAGCAGUCCUUCGUCCUGAUGCAGCAGCCUAUGGUGCAGCCCAUGGUGCAGCAGGUGACCUCCCCGGUGUACCUGCAGAACCUGCAGAAUUUAUCCCACCUGAGCGUCAGCAGCCAGGAUUCCGAUCUGAUGUACCAGCAGCACACCGCGCUGGAGAGUAACAGCAGAAAGUCUUCAUCGGUGUUCAGCCCGUCAUCCAGUCCCAUCAAGAGCCCCGAGCCAAGUGCUGAAGAGGAGGUGGAAGAGGAGGAUGAGACGGUGGAGGUGGAAGAGGUGGAGAUUGUGAACGUCAUACAGAACAAGCCGCCGCCCAUGAUCCAGAAGCUGUCCCGGACAGAGGUGAGGAGCGAGGUGAGGGAGGCGCCCCAGCCCACCAAGAUGGACACGCGCUUCUUUGGCGAGCUGCUGGCAGAGAUCCACAGGAAGAACUGUGACAUCCACACCUGCAUCUCUGACAACGUGUCCAAGAUGCGUGGACAGAGACAACGUCUGGAUUCCAGCAUUGACGCCAGGGAGCAGGAACGGGAGGUGGAGGCUUUAAUUCCCAAAGGAGCCACUGAACUCACCAAACAACAAAUCCGCUACCUGCUGCAGACUCGCCUCACUGCAGAUAAAAGCAUGCGUCUGCUCUUAUCCACCUUCAGCAGCCUGAGAGAGGAGCUGCUCCACAUGUCGGAGGACCUACGGCGCCUGGAGAGUGAGAAGGAGUCAUUGGAGAGAGACCUGACCUUCAAAGCAGACCAGGCUCAGCAGUACGACAGUCUCCUGGAGGCCAUGAGAGAAAACAACCGGCAGCUCCAGCUGUCCCUGAAGGAGUCCAUGACCACACAACGCUCCCUGGAGCAACAGGCGAUGAGCAGCCGAAACACAGACUCGAGUCGCGAGUUCAAGCUCAAAGAGCUGGAGGGGAGGACGAGGGCGCUGGAGAAGGAGAACGAGAUGCUCCGACAGAAGCUGGCCGGCCAAGCCAGCAGCUCCACUCUGCACAUCAAGACGGAGGAGCUGUCGCGUCAGUACAAGGACCAACUCGACAGCAUGAAGCAAGAAAAAGAUGAGGAGAUACAGAGACUGAGGUCCCAGUUAACGCGCCUCCAGACACAGGUCACUGCUGAGAGAUCAUCCUCGUCCUCGUCCUCGACGACCUCCACCUCCGUCACCACCUCCACCUCCACCUCCUCCGCAGAGAAGAGUCUCCAGCUCAAGAUCUCCGAGCUGCUCACCAUGUUGGAACAACGGCAGACCACCAUCACCAAACAGGAGGAGGAGAUUAAGAGGCUCAUGCUGGAGAGAAACAACAGCUCCAAGAACGUCACCAAGACGAUCAUCACUAAGAGGUACAGGAACCAGUACCCCAUCCUGGGUCUGCUCAGCGACGACUACCAGAUCACCUCCUCACCUGUCAAAGAAGACAAGACCAUUGUCAUCGAGCAAUGAGGAACAGGAAUGAUUGAACGGCACGAAGACGCAGACGCCAAGCUCCCGUCCCACCCUGCAUGCUGCACCCGCUCCACCCUCACCCUCGCUCACCCUCCCUCUUCCUCCCGCGUCCUCAGGGCUCCCCGGGUUGGUGGUGGUUAAAAUACCCAUUCCCUUCCUAAGCUCGGGAUCGUUGGCCUCGGUCUUUUGUUUUCAACUAAUUAGGUUUGUUUGCGGUGACUGUUUCAUUUGGGCUUUUUAAAAAUAAUCCAUUAAAUUUAAGACCAAAACCUUUUCUGGACUAUGCUACGUUUCAUCAGCUGUGCACUGGUUUAUAGUGACAGCCUUGACAACUGGGACGUGGAUCUGAUUGGACAGUUUAGAUUAAAAUUUAGCUUGAUUAGUUCAAGACCAGAAUGUGAGCUAAACUGUAAAGCCUGUCACCUGAUUGGGCUCUUUACUCUAAAUGCUGCUGUGGGCUUGGGAACUGUAGCAUAUGGAUCAGGAUAGAAUCACUGACAUGCGAUUCUGUGAUGUACUGCAAGACAGUCAUCUGUGAUGCAUUACACUUAAUGUACUGAAACAGUAAUACAUCUACUGUAUGUGUUUACACUGUAUCACUGAAUGUUAUACACAACAACACACACAUAAACUGUAGCUGUAUCUCUGUAUCACAGAUUGUAUUGUGAUAUAUGACUGCAAUGCCCAUUCUUUAGCCCCGUGAGCUAAUACGUUCCAGUAAAGCACUGGGUUCCAUCAGCUUCCAGUUGUCACCAUGUUUGGACUGAUAUCGUCUAGGACGUAGCAUGAGACCCCCUUCAAAGCCACCACAUCCACGUUAGCCCAGGAGAUGAGGAAGCGGACACCUUGUUAUUAUUGCUCCUCUGCAUGUAAAUAUUUCUUUUAUAUUUAUAUUUAGUGCAGCUUUCCUGCAAUAUGGAAAAUAAUGGGGUAGUUUUGCUUUGCUUUUAUGCUAAUGGAUCGUUUGUAUAUCAGUUGUGUAAUUUCCAAAGCGUUUUACGUUGAGGUUUGUAUGUUUUCGCUGACUCGGAGGUGCGUGGGUCAGGUUUAACAUGUCUGUAUGUGACUAAGGGAUCUGGGUUGAGGCUGUGUAACAUCUGAGAGGAAGCUUUUUUUUCUUGUUUUCCUGGUCGGCUUUAGGCAUAUUGAAGCAUGGUAAAAGGCUUUGUAUCCACUGGGGCUCCACUGUCCUACACGUACUUGUUAUCAACAACCAACUCUUUUGGGGUGUUAGUAAUGGCUGACUUCUAUUACGAAACAGAACAGGAUGAAUGACAUAUUUGAGGCUGACAUGGAAAUGAUGAAAACACAUCUCAUGUUACAUGAAGCGAGCCACACUGGACCUUCUGCGACCGUCUGAUCCAGAGUACGGAGAGGACGGGGCCCAGUGGACACAGAGUCAAGCAUGUACAAAGGUUAUGACUUCAGUCUGUUAGAAAUGUUGUCUUAAGCGAACGCCAGCAUCAUUGUUUAGUAUAAGAUAUCAUUCUCAUCUGCUCAGAAGGAUAAAAAUGGCAACUACUAAUUUUCGACCUGCUUCGCCAGCAGUGGACUAUUAGAAGCUUUCACUAUGUGGGUAUUUUAAAUAGACCAACUGUGCCUUUGUUUGCCAGCAGAGGAUAAACUGUCCGCUGAGCUAAAUUAACAUGUUUUGGCUAAUCUGCAAAUAGAUGUGUUUAUAUAUUUCCCAGGUUGUGAUUAAAAUCAGUCGUAUCUUUGCAAA